AUGCUGGGCUGGAUGCUGGGGCGCGGGGACAACGCGCCGGACGCGGCUGACACCGGAGACACGGCACUUCUUGAUCAGCCAGACACUCCCGCUCCUGUUUUUGCUGCAAGAUCGUUCAAAAGUGCUCUCUUCGGCACUCCUAUUCGAGAGUCGCACCGAGUGUUACGGGACAGGGCCAAAGCAGCAAAAUCGACAACCAUGCCGGUGGACAAUACGUUAGAUACUCCAUUGAAACCACAAGGCAUCUUGCUGACCCCUGGUACGGGGACAUCGAGGCCGAAGCGCGUGUCAUUCAACCAUGAUCUUGCGACAACAAAGACCAUUUCGCCGAAUAAUGAGGGGCCCGCAGUCAGCAAAAGAACCCGUCUAUCUGACGUGCUUGACAAGGCGAGACGCAAAAGCACCACAAAUGUUUCCAAGGUGGCCGAGCCCCGUAUCAUCAAGGACGAGUCGGAUGAGGACGAAUGGGAGGAAGACGAACUUGACGAAAAUGGCGAUUAUUACGCACAUGAUACCACGGUGGACCUGAACGAGCCACACUCCCAAUCGGGCAAAUAUUGGAAAGAAGAGUUCGAAAAGUAUCAUCGAGAGGCACGAGCGGAGAUGGAGAAGCUCCUCAAAUACAAGAAACAUCUCAAAUCUUACGCGGAGGAGAAGGACUUGGAGGCUAUUCAUCUGGCUCAGAGGCUCAAGGAGGAACAAGGAAAGGUGGUCGCCAUGGAAAAGAUGAUUGCAGAAAAUGCAAGCCAUAUGGUAUCGAAACAGAAAGGCGCCUCCAGCGACGAAACUACAGAGUUAUUUGCAACUCUCACAAAGCAAACAGCUCUCGCAGCCCAAUACCGACAUAGGGUUCAGGAAUUGGAAAGCCAGCUUGAAGAGCUGCACCAAGGGCGAGAAGAAGACGACGACGAAGAGAGAGAGCGCAUACGGCUACAGGGAACGACUUCGCCGAAUACGGCAAGAACUCUAGUCGAAACCCAGCGAGAACUUCGACGAUCUCGCGCACAACUCAAGGAGUUGGACGCCCUACGAGAUCAAGUGUCCUCUCUCAAGGCUCAGCUAAAAGCUGCUGAUCAACGAAAGUCUGUAGAUCACUCAGCUCCCGAUGAGAUCACCGAUACGGUCAAGGUGAGAGCGCUCAAAGCUCAACUUAAACAAGCAAGGGAAGAAUCAUCCAGGAAGGACGAUGAACUUGGCCAACUGAAGAAGGAAUUCGACUUGUUCAAGAAAGAGAGAGAAGCCCAUGAUUCAGAUACCAAAGCCGUACUUGAACGUGCCCAAACCAAGAUUACUGACCUCAAAAAGGAGGUCAAAACACUGAAGGCCAAAGAUGCAGGCCGGAAUCAUAAAGCAGAGGAAACCAAGUUGGCAAGGGACACCGAGGAUGAGGAAGUUUUACCGAGGCUCUCUGCGGCAACAAACGGUGCUCGCAGGAGCAUCGAUGCGGCAGACCUUGAGAGACCCCGACAUCUUGAAGGGGUCAAUGCCAAGUCUCGAAACUUACGAGACAAAUAUCAAACCGAUGCUACACCGGGCCAGUCUCGAGCAAUGGCAAAGUCAAAGGGCACAGCUGAGGCCUCUAAAUGGCCGCCCUCUGCAUCAAGAACACCCAGAGAGAUCGUGUCAAAACGUAACCGGUCAGGGAGCGACGCAGGAGAGGACAACAUUGCAAUUUCCAGUAUGCCCGGGCUCGCAAAAUCCAUGGCUCAGUCCAAGAAAGCGCCAUCCGUCGACGAUACGGACGUCGAGAUCGAGAUUCUACAGGACCGCUUUGCUCGUCUCGGUGGCGGUGACGCAGGUCAAGAUAGAAUCAAAGAUAUUCCCAAGACUGGCAACAGCAAAGCUUCAUUGCCACCAGAGCGACGAGCGGCUGCUCUAGCUCGAAUUGAAAAGAGAAUGGCCGAGAAGAGGGCCCAGCGACGAGAUGGAACGGACAAGGAAAACGUACGGCCAUGA